AUAAAAUCCCACCAAGAAAGGCUUUUCAAUGGUUUAAAGCCUUGUUUUUAUUCUCACCGUGGGCUCUAGGCGCAUGUGCUAAUGGUUACGUCACCCCUACAGAUAACAGCCGAUAGUGGGUCAUACCAGCUCAGUGCCCGGCACAUUUUCUCCUGUUUUCCUGUGCUCCGAAAGACAAGAUGGCCGAAAGGCAGAAACUAAACAAACAGUACAAGGAUUUGAAGUGUUACGGUUGGAUGGCAGCACUCCUGGCGGCGGGUGGGGCGGCCGCCAUCAUCGUUUGCGGAAUCUACAUCGUCAAACCUAUGGUGGAAACCAACUCUCUCGAGUUCCAACCCACAACCUGUACUACGACAACGAGCUCUCUCACUGGACAAUGGAUUGAUUGCAGUUGCGGCAGAAGUUGCACUUCCAGUUUCCCCUGUCUGCGCAUGACCGUGACGUAUGAAGGAAGCACCAAUGGUAACGCCAGCAGCGUCAGCGCUGUUCUGUUCGACACUGAACAAAGGCUGAAUAGUGAUGGGAACAACGCGCAGAACCGUCAGUGCGUGUACGCACCUUGCGAAAGGCCCGUAGGUAUCAACGUUAACCAAAGAGAGGUGCAACGUUUCAACGAGACCUACGCCCCAGGGAAAAACUACUCGUGUCUGUAUCACCCAGACGCGCCCACGAAAGUCAUUUUGAAGCGACUGUUCACGUGGAAUGACAUGUUCCACUCCAUGCUGUGGAGUUCUAUCGGUUUCGUCAUCUUUGCCUGCAUCACCCUGUACAUCUUGGGCGAGUGUAAGAAAGUCAAGGAUAAGAUGCGUUCCGUGCAAGUGCCAGCACCGGCUGUGUCAGCUACGGCCCAGCCGGGGCACUUCCUCCCACCACAGGCAAUGGCUUCCGGACAGUACCUUCCACCGCCACCGACCUACCCUGGAGUACAGUCCGGUGACUCGCUGCCCAUGCAGCCUGCACCCCCGCCCCAAAAUCUGUACGACACCAACUACUCUAACUUCUCGCAACAAAAGACAGGAUUCACAUACAACUGAAUGUACAGAGUCUGUGUAGACUGCUAUAUAUAUACUAGAUAAUUUUGUGUACUGUUCGAAAUUGACCGACUUUAUUGAAGGAUGAUGAAGAAUUCGUCGCUUUUCCUAAUAUACUCCGCCAUAUAAUGUUUAUUAUCAUUACGUUAGAAGUCACGGGCUUAGUAGUAUACACACAAUUUUUGUUCUAAAUCUGCAUACAAGUACAUUAAAGCUGUGCUCGGUUCCAAACACA